UGGCUAAUGUUAGGCUAGCUAGCUAACGUUUCUUGCUUGCCUCAAGAUAGCGUGCUCCGUGAAGAGACUAGAACAGAGGCUGAGUGGUAAAUCAAUCAUGGAAGAUAAUACCAAGCACAAACUAAAAUACAUAUUUUUCACAACUUUAAAUGUAGCUAACUAUUCGAUUUUUCUUGUCAGGAAUCAAGCAGAGUUAAACGCUUAUUUUUAACGAUUUGGGCAUCGUUUUAUCACGAAAAGGAAGCAUGAGCUGGUCAGUGAAUUGUAGCUAGGAAAACUCAAUCGAUUGUUAGCUAGCUAACGUUAGCGUGCGUGUUAACGGUUUAAGCAGAAAGCACACAAUUCUUCAUGGAUUGCUCGUAAACUUUUUGAUUCAUGUUUUGUAACAGUAAUGUGUUUGAAAAUGAGAGAGUAUUUUUAAAAUGUUAACUUGUUAGCUAGCUACAACGUUCCAUCUGAAAAAUGUCAAAAUUGUAUGAACAUGCAUGUUGACAACGGAGCUAUAACGACGUUAUAAACAUCUGGCAAGGCUCAAGUCUUGAAUAUGUUGGGUUGCUAACGUUACAUUAUUGCGUCACGAAAGCCAUCAGAUGGGGAAUAUAUUAUACUCGAUUUCUCGAGUUACUGUGGCUUUGUCAUAGGAGCUUGCGCCAUUGUCCUUGGAGACGGCACCGCAUAAAUGUGGGUACUAUAGCAUGCUGCUUGCUAAAAAAUACAGUAUUAGGGCCUAUGAGGGGGGCAAUCUUGGCAACAUCACUCGGCACGGUCACCACCAAAGAAGUCUCCCGAAACGGAAGAAGUGACAGGAUGAACAACAUCAACAAAAGCAGACCCUCCAGCUCCGCCAGCUUCUCCUCUACCUCAACAGCAAGUGCCCUUGAUGAUGACAGCACCAGCCUCAGGCAGCAGAAGCUGGAAAAGCAGAGGGCGCUGUUGGAGCAGAAGCAGCGGCGGAAGCGGCAGGAGCCUCUGAUGGUGCAGCCCAACCCAGAGGCCCGGCCCAGGCGCUCCAAGCCUCGGCGCAGUGAGGAGCAGGCCCCGCUGGUGGAGUCACGCCUCAGCAUCACCAGCGAUGUCAUCAUGGAUGGUAUCGACGGCCCUGCUGCCUUCAUGGGCUCUGAGGCCCCAGACCUGGGUGCCAAGAUCCAGAUUCUGUCGGUGAGCAAGUCCCAGCCCCUGUCCCUGUCCCAGACGCUGCCCCAGUCUCCCCCCGCAGAGGAGCCAGACCGGGACGGAGACACGGAGACUCUGUUGGAGCCCAAGACGGACAUCCACGAGCUGCUGCAGAAACGAGGUCUGUCAGGCAGUAUGAACUACGAAGAGGCCAGUGAGGAUGAGGAACACGGUGACGAAGACCGGACACGCUCGUUGUCCCCCAACCCAGAGUCAACCCGGCCUGCGUCUGCCUCCAGCACAAAGUCCAACACAGAGUACGUGGCACCGGGGUCGCCCACGGCGGAGAGCGCCCUGAUCGAAGUGGACAACCUGGAGGAGUUUGUGGUGCGUCCCGCACCCCGCGGCGUCACCGUCAAGUGCCGCAUAUCCCGGGACAAGAAGGGAAUGGACCGCGGCCUGUACCCCACCUACUUUAUGCACAUGGAGAGAGAGGACGGCAGGAAGCUGUUUCUUCUGGCUGGGAGGAAAAGAAAAAAGAGCAAGACGUCCAACUACCUGAUCUCAGUGGACGCCACGGACCUGUCACGCGAGGGAGAGAGUUUCAUGGGGAAACUGAGGUCUAACCUGAUGGGGACCAAGUUCACGGUGUAUGACCAAGGCACCAACCCCUGUAAGAACCCUGGAGCUCUGCUGGAGGAGAGCAACACACGACAGGAACUCGCAGCCAUCUGCUAUGAGACCAACGUUCUGGGGUUCAAAGGUCCCCGCAAGAUGACCGUCAUCAUCCCAGGCAUGAACAUGAACUUUGAGAGGGUUCCCGUCCGUCCAAACAGUGAGCAGGACAGCCUUCUAAGUAAGUGGCAGAACCACUCAGUGGAGAACCUGAUCGAGCUGCACAACAAGGCCCCUGUGUGGAAUGACGACACCCAGUCCUACGUGCUCAAUUUCCACGGCCGCGUUACACAGGCCUCCGUCAAGAACUUUCAGAUCGUCCAUGACAACGAUCCGGACUACAUCGUAAUGCAGUUUGGCAGAGUGGCCGAGGACGUAUUCACCUUAGACUACAACUACCCCAUGUGUGCCCUGCAAGCCUUCGCCAUUGGCCUGUCCAGUUUCGACAGCAAACUGGCCUGUGAGUGACCAACCCCAUCACGACUCCUAACUCGCCAUUCCCUCCAUGGCCUUUUCAACCUACUCCCUCCCCUCCAGGACAACGCCAACUCCACAACACCGCCCCUCCCCGUCACAGGAUUCAGCGCCUUCCUUGUACAGUCAGCAGUCAGUUCGCCAGCAGUCUGCCACUAUGGAAAUAAUCAUGAACUAUGACCUCUCACCCCUACGUGGUACAUCCAAUCAUGGCACCCAAAUCAUGCUGACUUGGAGAGCGGAUGAAGAGAGUGGGUGUGUGAGAGAGGACGAAAGCAAGUCGAUUUGGGCGGAGGAUAUAGGAUUUUCCUUAUUGGCAGAAAAAUGAAAUUACCGUCCACAAAGGGAAACUGGUCAAAUCAUCAAGGCGCCUUUGUUUUUAUUUGUAUUUAUCCGUAGUUCUGUUUCAUUGAGUUUGUAUUGCUUUUUGUUGCUUUAGCUGUUGUAUAUUGGUGAUUCUAUGUGUAUUGAAAUUGAUUGAAAGGGAAAAAGGACACCAAGCAUCAUAGACCAAACACUCCCUGUUAGGGACAGGACUUCUAAUACAGACUAGACCAGGUCACAGGAGAUGGUGUCUUUGAUUUAUAUCAGAUUUGAAUGUUUUAUAGGCCUCAACACGUCUGAUGAACUUGAGUUUUUAGCAGAUGCUUUUAAAGUUGCCUUUAAUGUUGAUUCCAAGUGUCAUUUUACUCCAUUUUACAUUCUGUUGCCUUCCACAAUCACUGUUGUGCGAUUCUUUUUUUGCAGCAUCAAGAUGUUCAAUAACUCUAACGUUAAACUAUUUCAACCCUUUUUUAAUUUUCUUCCUCUUGAAGAUACAUUUCUCAUAAUCACAUUUAUUUGCCUGCAUAUCCAUCCAAUGUGUCCUCAUCUGUUUUCUUGUUUUAAAAACACACUUUUACUAACGUAUCUCAGUAGCAUUCUGAGGAGUUUGGAAGGGAACAUUUCUUACUGCAAUUCCUUUGUACAUGUCAUUUUGUGAUGUCUUAGCCCCAUGUCAAGUUAAAACCUCACGGGAAAGUCAAUAGAGUUGCCCAGUAAGCACCAUUAAAGGAUUUUAUUAUAGUUUUAUGUAAGAUAUGUCUUAAUGUUUGGACAUACUGCUCAUUUUCAAAUAUCAUAAAAUGUCAGCCUAAAUGUCAUUUCAAUGUGUGGAAUACAAAAGAGUUAGCCUGGAAUCCAAACAAUGGAGGAAUAUUCAGUUUGGAUUCCAAGUGACAACGGUCGCCCUGUACUCAGUCUACAUUAUAUGCCAAACGUAUCUACCCAUUUAAAAUGAUACCAGAUUGAAUAAUAACACUACAUUUUAUAUGUACUGUAACUGUUCAGCAGACUACACUUGUACUGUACCAUGAAGUCAUUGAGAACCCACUGGGUGAAAUCUGGUUGAAUCCAUGUUGUUUCCACGUCAUUUCAACCCCAACAUUUGAGGUGAUGACUUUGAAUCAACGUGGAACACUGAUUGGAUUUGCAAAAAGGAAUUGCGUCUUUUUUUUAAACCCAACGUUUAAAUCCAAUGACUGGGUCAAAUGUUUGGUUGAUUUCACGAUGGUCUAUGCCCAGUGGGAAAUUACUUUUGGGGUGACAUUUAAUGUGCAAAAUAGUUCAAAUCUGUGCAAAAAUAAAUAUAAAGAUGACCAUAGAAAGUUAUUUAAGUAGUUUUAAGUACACUGAAAAAUGCAUAAAUAGUGGCCUUUUACAGCGCUCGUUGCCGAAGAAAAGUCACAAUGCCAGAUUAUUACUUUUACAGUAUUUUUUUGCACAGGUUUGAACUAUUUUGCACCAUGAAAAAGUCGCCCUUGAUUAAAGUUUCAGCUGGAUGGAUGUGCUAUAGAAAUGAUUCUGUCCAGUUCUGUGAUUCUUGUUCUUGGAGGAUUAGGAACAUUCCUGGGUAACCUGCAGGAUGCAUUUGAUUCCUGUCCAAACAAGACUAACACUGAUUAUGUGUGACAGUGUCGGGAAACAAAGUUAAUUCACAAGAUGUACUGUUAGAAAGAGGGAAAGGGUUUGUUUGUACAAAAUAUAUAAAAGAGAGAAAUAUAACAUUUUACUACAAGAUACUUAUGGGGAAUUGCAUUUCAUUCAUAACUUAACUUUCUGACAAUUUUUUGGGGGAGUGAAUUUCAGAAAUAUGACUGUAAAUAGAAUAAAUGAAGAUAUUGUAAAGUGCACAAGACUCCCCCUGUAAGCUUAAGUAAUUCAUGUAUUCAGUAAAACACAUUUAUUUGCACCUACAGUGCUGUGAAAAAUUAUUUGCCCCCCUUUCUGAUUUUCUCUACUUUUGCAUAUUUUUGAUACUAAAUGUUAUCAGAUUUUCAACCAAAACCUAAUAUUAGAUCAAGGGAACCUGAGUGAACAAAUAACACAAUUACAUACUUGUCUAAUUUAUUUCAUAAACAAAGUUAUGCAACAUCAAAUGCCCCUGUGGGAAAAAGUAAGUGCCCCCUUAAACUCAAUUACUGGUUGUGCCAGUUAGCUGCAAUGACUCCAACCAAACGCUUCCUGUAGUUGUUGAUCAGUCUCUCACGUCACUGUGGAGGAAUUUUGGUUGACUCUUGCAUGCAGAACUGCUGUAACUCAGUGCCAUUUGUGGGGUUUCAAGCAUGUACUGCCCGUUUCAUGUCCUGCCUCAACAUCUCAGUUGUGAUUAGGUCUGGAAUUUGACUAGGCCAUUCCAAAACUUCUAAUUUGUUGCCUUUUAGCAAUUUAUUUUUGCUUUCAUUUGUAGGCUAGGUUGUAGCAACCUCAUGAUGGGUACAGGAAAAAUGUUAGUAUCAUGUAGUAGCCUAAACCUGUCGAUGUUACAUUAAACUGGGUGAAUGGAAUAUGAAUGACAGUCAUCCAAUAUUCUGUAAUAGAAAUAAGAACAUGCUCAUUAAAAAAAAUUGUCCUCCGUAAUCAUAAACUGAACCGACUGCCCCUGAUGUAUUCAGUAAACCCAUUUAUUGUCAAUAACAGAACGACUUUACAGUUUAUUAAGAACCUUUUUGAAAGCAACAUCUAGAACUUAUAAUUUCUUCUUUCUACAUUAUCAAAUUACAAUUGUUUCCAUUAUUAAAACAUUUCGAAAAUA